AUGUGUGAUCCUAUAAUUAGUGAGCAAUAUUACUUCAAUGAUUCUUAUGAUGUCAAUGCUAAUCAAAUUGAUUUUUCAGGAGUCUCAGAUCCAUUUUUGAAAAACUCACAACAAUAACAGCAACAAUUCCCUAAAAUAUAAAUUUUUGAAGAUGCUGACAAUGAGACUAAUAAUUUUGGAGCCAACGAAAUUUAGAUUGAAGAAAUCAAAAUGGAUAGGCUUAAGAUUAUUAAUGAUAGCUCUGUUGAAGCCUAACCAAGGAGUGGAAGUGAAGGUGAUUAUUCGAGAGAUGCAAGUCAGAAUCAAAGCAGCAGAAGAGGAUCAAAAAAAUGUACAAAAGAAGAAUAAAAAAAUUUAAAAGAUUCUUUGUAAUCCUAGAUUCUUUUGAACCUGCGAUAUACAAAGAGCACAUACACAAAUAAAAUUCAGAAUUUGGUUAAGAAGGAGAAUAAGGACCAGUUAAUAGUAACAACAAAAGCCAGACAAUCACGUAGCUAAUAGAAGUUGGUAAGAAAAAACGAAUAACAAUUGUUAAUGAACCUUGAACACACUGAUUAGUCAUCAUCUGAAAACCCCGAUUCGCUUAAUGACCGAACCAUGGAUCCUAGUCGUCUCAAGUAAGUGAGGAACAGAGAAUCUGCUAGAAAUUCAAGAGCCAGAAAAAAGAUAUACUUCGAAUUACUGGAGACCAGAGUUUAAGAGUUACAGGAUGAAAAUGAUAAAUUGAGGGGACAAUGUACUAUUUUAUCAAAAUCAAUUGAAAAUUACAAUAAACAGCAGGAUAAAUUUUCACAGUUCUUGGAGUAGCAAUAAUAAUUGUUUGGGAGAUUGGAGGAUUGCAUUAAUUAAGGGAAAGAUGUAACAGAGAUUGAGAUAUUGUUGGAUGCACUCAAAUACAGAACAUCCUCGAAUAAAUAGGAGAGGAUUGAUGCUGCAAAAUCAUACUUGUAUUCAAUAUUGAAUGUUUGUUUGCCUUUACAGACAAAAUAUUUGUUCAGUAUAUUGGAUGACAAAGAUUUCUUUUCUUAAAACUCAAGGUACGUUUUAAUCUAUGGAAGGAAUUACACAGACUAUUUGAGAGAUGUUUUUAAGAAAGUGGAUACGAGAAGUGAUGACUUUGGGAACAAUGAAAAAAUAAAGCAAAAGUUAGGAGCUGCCAAGCAGAAUAUGUAUGACUCAUUCAAGAAGAUAAGGAAGGAGAUCAAAUUGAUAUAGAGUGAAGCAGGAAAGGUUGAUUUGCUGUGGGAAUAGUUGAAGGAGAAACUGUAACCUUAAGUCUUGGCUUAGUGUUUGUUGGCUUUGCAUAAGAAUGAGUUUAGAGCAGAGUUCUAAGCAUUGACUAUAUUUAAGAGACCGAAGGACUCAACAGAGUAGGUAGGGAUGUUAAUUGAAUAAUAAUCGUUGCAAAGAAAAUAAGUCAAAAAAUGUAAUUGA